CUCAGUACAUUUGAGAUGUUAUCUGUGUCCACAGGUGGGGUUGGAGCACUUACCCAUGAGGCCUUGCACCAGCAUACAGCCCCAGAGGUGCAGCCACAGACGACGAAAGACACUGCAGCCCCUGCAGCCCCUAAAGCCCUGCAGUUGCUCGCGACUCUCGGCCAGACCGCUCUCCUGCCCUGCGACCUCCCAGACCCCCCUCCCUCUCUGCGUGACCUCCGGCUCUUCUGGCAAACGGCCAAAAGACACGAGGUGGUUCACGUCUUCAUCAAAGGCCGGGAAGAGUUUGAACAUCAGUCCCCUGCCUACCAUAACAAGACCCGGCUCUUCACCAGUCAGCUGCAGUUUGGCAACUUCAGCCUGGAGUUACGCAACGUCUCUGAGCACGACAACCUCACCACCUUUCAGUGUGUUGUAUGUCAUGGCAGCCUGGACUGUAAGACAACACUGAUUGACCUGUGGACAGUGGAGAGAAAAGAUGAUGGUGGCAAGGAAGAGUCAGUAGCGCCCCCUGCUGACAGGAGGGUGUGGCACAUCGGUAUCCCAGCAACUGCUUGUCUGUUGGGGCUACUGAUACUGACCUUUAUUAUCUGCCUCUGUCCAGGCACUGGGAACAAGUGCAGCUCAUCAUCCCCAUACAACAGCACUGACCCAGAGCGUGGUAAGGGGCCUCAGAAUGACCAUCUGAUGGCAGAAGAGUCCACAGUGGAGCUGGAGAUGAGAGAGGAGGAUGGAGGAGAAAGAAAGAGGGAGAGAGAGGAGGAUGGAGAAGAGAGGGAGAGUGAUAGAGAGGAGGAUGGAGGAGAGAAAGAGAGGGAUAGAGAGGAGGAUGGAGGAGCGAGAGAACAGAAGCAGGAUGGAGGAGGGAGAGGACCAUGGCAGUGGAGCACCGCUCUCUGUCCCUGCAGAACGGACACAGUGGAGGACAACAACAACAACAACAACAACAGCAACAGGAGAACCAUCUCCGCCUUACCUGUGUGAGAAACAACCCUAGGUAUUAGCUAUGAUAUGCAACACAUAAUGACAUUAUUAUAUAUUAUAUAUACCAGAGCAAGCUAGGCUUCUCUAUAGAAAUGUUACUAUACGUACGGUUUCCCAAAACACUGAAGACUGUUUGAUUGAAUUGAAUGUCAUUUCCAACAUUUGAAGGUCCCCUUUGUCUUCAUAUUACUGCUGCCACAAAAACAUGACAUAAUGGGUGUUCUUUUUCUUGUUUUGACGUAUAAUAAGCUGGGCAAUGUUGAGAUAUGUUUCCCUACGUAUACUGACCAGCAGAUUAUGCAUUACCCCUCACAUUAUAAAGAUAAUCAUAUUAAAGAAGAAUAAUAGUAAAGAUAACAAUUAUUA